GGCACUGACUGGCAUCACUGCUGGGCACUGACUGGCGGCACUGACUGGCACAACCCCUGGGCACUGACUGGUGGCACUGACUGGCAGCACUGCUGGGCUGCACUGGUGGGUGGCACUGGUGGGCAGCACUGGUGGGUGGGCACAGGUGGGUGGCACUGGUGGGCACAGGUAGGUGGCACUUCUGGGCACAGGUGUGUGACACUGCAGAGUGGCACAGGUGGGUGCACUGCUGGGCACAGGUGGGUGCACUGCUGGGCACAGGUGGGCGGAACUUGCGGGUGGCACUGCUGGGCACCGAUCAUCAGGGCACUGAUCAUCAGUGCCCUGAUGAUCGGUGCCGAUCCCCGCUCUGACAACUGCCGGUUCUCGGCAGUACUUUCCUCACGAUCUGACAGCGUGAGAAAAGUGCAGCCGAGAACCGGCACUUGC